ACUGACUUCCGCUUUAAGGCGGUCAUCUUGACGCUGCUUGACUGGCGGCUAGAGCGCAUGAAAGCUGGCCAAAGACGCACGACGAGCCGCCACUAAAUCUUCUUGUUGUCCGCGCGGGGUGCGGCCGUCUUCGCCAUGAUUUGGCGGACGACGUGACGACUCGAGGCGGAAGUUGAACGCCGAGCGGAGGAUUAUCCAGCGAGGCGUUUCCAGCGGACAAUACUGCCGCAAACUUUGUGACGCUGUCGCAAAGUUGAGAAGCAGGGCAAGUUGGAAGGAGGAAAGGUAUGACAAGUUAGGUAUGACAAGUUAGGUAUGGCUCACCUCGGACUGUGACAAGUGCGUCCAUGGAGGAGCGGGAGAGGGAGAGGGAGGACAUGUUGGUGGUGAGUGGGAGCAAGGUUCGAGCCCCGCUGAGCGUAGUGUUCGCCACCCUGCUUUACUGCGCAGAGCUGAUCAACGCCGCCAUCCUGUGCCGACAAUACAGCCGCACUGACGACACCCACUGGCUGGCCUUCACCCUCACCUUCAUGCUGCUGCCCGCCGUCCUCAUCCAGAUGACGCUCAUCUUCAUCCACAGGGACGUGGGCAGGGACAGGCCGCUGGUCCUCCUCCUGCACCUGCUCCUGCUGGGCCCCCUCAUCAGGUGUUUUGAUGCCUUGGUGGUGUACUUCAAAGCCGGCAAGGUGGAGGAGCCGUACGUCACCAUCACCAGGAAGAUCUUCCUGGGGAGGGGCCACCAGAGGACCUGGACCGAGUACGAGAUCAGCCGGUCGCAGCGCAUCCUGGCCACGCACAAGAACGCCUUCAAGCGCACCUCCGUCAUCCAGGCCUUCCUGGGCUCCACGCCGCAGCUCACCCUCCAACUGUACGCCGCCAUCCUGGAGAAGUCCAUCCUGUCUGUACGACUGUCGCUGAUGAUCAUCACCAAGGUGUCCAUCAUUUACGGCGCCCUGGUGUGCAGCGUGCUGGCCAUCCAGGUGUGCUACGACGACUACAAGGUUCGUUUCCGCAAGUUGGCCUACCUGUGCAUGGUCCUGUGGCGAGGCCUGGAGAUCGCCACCCGCAUCACCACCCUGGUCCUCAUGAGCACAGCGCUCAACCAUUGGGUCAUCCUGGUGGGCGUGGCCAACCUGCUCUUCUUCUUCUUCUUGCCCUGGGCCGAGUUGUGGGCCAAAAAGGGCUCGCUGGCCGAGGACGUGGAGAAGAACUUCUCCAAGCUGGGCACGGUGGUGGUGCUGAGCGCCUUCACGCUGCUCUACGCCUGCAUCAACGUCUUCUGCUGGUCGGCCGUGCAGCUGGACCUGGGCCACCCGGAGCUCCUGGACCGGAAGCAGCGCUGGGACCGCCUGGCCGCGUACUACAGCGUGCGCUUUGUGGAGAACCUGCUCCUCAUCACGCUCUGGUACUUCUUCAAGUCGGACUUCUACGAGUACGUGUGUGCGCCGCUGCUGGCCUUGCAGCUGCUGGUGUGCUACAGCCUGGCCGUGCUCUUCAUGCUGCUCUUCUACCAGUACCUCCACCCCUGCAGGCGCCUCUUCAGCCACAACGUCCUGUGCUGCCGCCAGCACCACCCGGAGGCCGGCAAGAUGGCCCCGUCCUACUCCGCCGCCGCCACCAUGGUGCUGAUGUCGGACGAGCCCGUGGCGCUGCUGGACCCUCCGGACUCCCACCUGCAGGAGACCACUAUCUUGGAUGACCUGACAGAAUAUGCCUGAGAAAAAUGUGGUGUUUGGAGGAGGUGGAGUGGACUUGAACAACAUCGUUGGAGACUUUGGCCUUCAAGACCCCCCCGGCGGUGACCCAAACAAUGUAUCCUCCCAGACAAAGUCCGCCUUUGAGAGCGGCUCAGAACUGAACCAGGUGUGCAAGGCAAGCUCGCCAAAAAGGUGUGAGGAGUUCUGGGAGUCGCUCCGCCCACCGAGAUCUUCCUCCUCUUGCGUGUGGAAGUGUGACAAAUAUCUCCACUAAUGAACUCAUAUGUGGGACCUUUGAAAAGAUGCAAGCAAUCAGAUUGUUCCCAGAAAGAAAAUGUGGAUAGAGAACACAUUUAAGAUGGCUGCCACUGAAUGAGCUUUUUCUCUAUUUUACUGCUUGUGCCUUCACCCUUUUCUUCGAUUUGAACAUUUAAUAAAGAAUAAGAAUGACAACACCCAU